AUGGAGUAUCUCAAAAUAGCCCACCGGGUCAUCACCGAACCUCUCCUCUGCCACCUCAACCUCCUCACCCCCGGAGGUGGUGAUCCCACCUACGGCCGCUCCGAGAUCCCCUACUCCUCCGCCGAGCAUCGACUCAUCUACUCGAACCCAGAGGUAUCCGCCAUCCGACGUCGCGUCCUCAUCCCCGCCCACUCGCUCCUCGAAUCCGGAUCGUGGGAUAAGGAAAAAUGGUCGUGGGUCACCUACUACAUCUGGACGUGCCCUGCUGCGCUCGAAUCCGAACAGCUCCACUCUGACAUUGUCAUGGCGCACGGCAUCAACGACUACGCCGGGAAACUCGCCCCGCACGCACUGCACUUUAUGAAACGGGGGUUCAGGGUCAUCGCCAUCGAUCUGCCGUCUUUUGGACGCAGCACGGGUCUGCAUGGGUAUCUGCCGAGUAUGAAGAUCAACGCGAGGGCGAUGCAUGCCGUGGUGAUGGAUGUCAGGACGUGGGACGAGGAGAGUGGAUUGCUGGGAAAAGCGGGCAGGGAGAGAAAGUUGUUCGCAGAGGGACACUCGAUGGGUGCGUUUACCGUGUUGUACUACGCCGCUCUAUAUCCACCUUUGACACCCGGCAAAGACGGUGGCCCAGACUUGACUUUGAAGCAAGUCCCAAGCCAACAAGCCAAAAUCUCGACCGACGAGCAACUCAUCGAAGAGGCACUCAAUGCACACAAAAACACCCCCCUCGCCCACCACCAGCCGGAACACACCACCGGUUCCGCUUCCUCCUCUAUCGUCCGCGGCAAACCUGCUCCCUACAGACCAAGCCUAUCCGGCGUAGCCGUAGCAGCACCCAUGAUCACCAUAUCCCCUCAAUCCCGUCCCAACAUGGCCAUCGAGACCAUCGCCCACAUCCUCCGCUUCUUCCUCGGUCGUCUACCUCUCGCCUCGGCCAUCAAGGGAAACGUCUCCGACGACCCACGCGUCGAGGACGAGUUCAACAACGACCCACUCACCUACAAGGGCAAAGUCAGGAUCUCCACCGGUCUCGCCAUCCUCGACGGCAUAGAUGAUCUUGCCGCAAAAGCGCACCUCAUCACCUGCCCGUUGACCAUCCACCACGGUGCGAAUGAUAGAGUCACCGAUCCAAAUGGCAGCAAGGCGUUCUUCGAAAAGGUCGGCACGCCAGAGCAGCACAAGCAGAUCAAGAUUUGGCCAGGUUACGAGCACGUCAUGAUGAAGGCCGUGCAGGGCAUGUCGGAGGAGGACCAGGAGAAGACGAGGGUAGUCUUGACAGAGAUCGGAGAUUGGUUGGUGGAGCAAGCGCGAAGAUAG